ACCCCUCAAAAAUCGCCCCCCUCCAAUGGCUUCCCCAUCUCUUAUGACCCCCACCUCCACCCCCGCCGCCGCCCACACCAAAUCCUUCUCACCAAUCCGAUCAAAACUCAUCUCCACCGCAACCGCCACCGCCGCCGCCGCCGCCACUCCGACGACCAUCUCCACCACUCGCCGCCGCGACUUUCUGUCCCUAUCAGCCGGCGCGCUGCUGCUGACCCACGUGCCAUCCGCGUGGGCAGCCCCCGACGAGGAAUACGUGAAGGACACGGCGGAGGUGAUCAACAAGGUGAGGAAAACCAUCACUCUGGAGAAAACAGACCCCACCAUCGCCGACGCGGUGGCGGAGCUGAGACAGACUUCCAACGCAUGGGUGGCGAAGUACAGGAAGGAGAAAUCCCUAUUGGCUCGGGCUUCGUUCCGCGAUAUUUACUCCGCCAUUAAUGCUGUUUCGGGCCACUACGUUAGCUUCGGGCCGACUGCUGCACUUCCGGCGAAGAGGAAGCAGAGAAUCUUGGAAGAGAUGGAGACUGCUGAGAAGGCUCUUUCCAGGGGAAGAUGAUCAUGAUGAUGAUGAACAAGAAAGACUACGCGGCUGCAUUUUUCUUUUUCUUUUUCUUUUUUUUGGGUUGUAAUUUUGUAAUUUAAUGUGUUAUGUAAUUUUCUAUCAUGAUUCUGAGAUGAUAGCUUAUACAAUAAUGUGCAUUUUAGAGAAGUGGCUUGUCAAAUUAA